AUGGGGUUUGGGGCAAGUUUUGUUGCCUGUUGUGUGACGUUGUGUUGGUUAUGUUCGUUGAAAGGAAUACAAUCUACAGAUAAUUCUACACUUCGUUCGUUAGAUGAUAUUUUUCAAGUAUAUGCACAGAGUUCGCUACCGAGAAGGCCUCGAACGGGAGUUCUAUACAAUGCAUCUUUGCCUUCGAAUUUUACAGGUAUCGAGGUUUCAAUUGUUCGCCUACGAAGGGGAAGUUUUUGGGCAAAGGGAGCCAAUUAUAGCAGUUUCCGUCUGCCACCAAAGAUAUUCACUGAGCCAUAUUCCACAAGACUGGAUAUUGUCUACUCAGAUCUAGGCAAUGAAUCGUCUCACUACUACAGUGUACCAAAUUACACUCUUGUUGCUCCUGUCGUUGGCUUCAAUAUUUAUGGUUCAAGAAACUCAACCGGGCAAAUUGGUAAUUUUACCACUCCAGUAACGAAACUAAAUCUCACACUAGUCGGAGGCCCCAUCUUGGUUCAGUUUCCCAAGAUUUCACUCCCACAAAAUGAAAAACCAAAAUGCGUUCGGUUUUAUUUAGACGGGACGGUUGAAAUGACCAACAUGACCCUACAAAAUAUGUGUAUUGUGCAAGAUCAAGGGCAUUUCUCUAUCGUCAUUCGGACCUCACCACCGAUACAACAGGCUCCAAAAGAGAACAAGGAGAGGGUAAAGGGGUUGUGGAAAUGGUGGGCAAUGGGAUUUGGUAUCGGUGUUUUUGGGUUGUUGUUAUUAGGAUUUAUCAUUUUUAUAAUAAUUCGAAUUUUUCGAAUGAGAAAAAUUGGAAAAAUGGAAAAAGAGUCCCAAAGAAAUGAAGAUUUGGACACCACAAAUGUUGGGCAUAGUAGAAUGCCUUCAGCUUCUCUUAUUAGAACACAACCUAAUAUUGAAAAUGAUUAUUUUCCAUAA